GUCAGCGUCUUAUUACUGCACUCAUCACUCUUCAGGAGUCUUCAUGUAGACUUUAAACCGCUGAAGCAGCGAGAUUCACACAGUCCACAAACUCCUGGAAAUAAUCUCUAACUAGUUUGACGUUCAAGCGGCGAUAUGGACGUUUUACCUUCAAGCCGGCUGCUGUUCCUGAUAGCGCUGCUGUCCUGUGCUUCUGCUCUAGACAAACUCAACAUGUGCAUGGAUGGAAAACACCAGAUAUCAGAACCCAGACCCGAGGGACAGCUGUAUCAGCAGUGUUCUCCGUGGAAGGAUAACGCCUGCUGCACGGCGAACACCACAGAAGAAGCCCAUCAGGAUAACUCAUACCUGUACAACUUCAACUGGAAUCACUGCGGCGUGAUGAGUGAGAAAUGCAAGAAGCACUUCGUUCAGGACACGUGUUUCUACGAGUGCUCUCCGCACCUCGGGCCCUGGAUCCAGCCGGCGGACGAGUCGUGGCGUAAGGAGCGUGUUGUGGACGUGCCGCUGUGUCUGGAGGACUGUGAGAGCUGGUUCGAGGACUGCAAGGACGACCUCACCUGUAAAGAGAACUGGCACAAGGGCUGGGACUGGAGCUCGGGAACAAACCGCUGUCCUCGAGACUCUCUGUGCAGCCCAUGGACGCAGGUCUUCCCCAGCGCUCAGGACAUGUGUGAGAAGAUCUGGUCAAACUCCUACAAGUACACCACGCUGAGGAAAGACAGCGGCCGCUGCAUGCAGAUGUGGUUCACGGGCCCCAACCCCAACAGACAGGUGGCUGAGUAUUACCUGAGCGGCGGUCCGGAGACGGUCGUCAUGGCAACGGGCCUGCAGGUGUCCGUGCUGCUGGGGAUGCUGCUGCGCUGAAGAGCUCCUCUGCACCUGAAAUAAAAGUCUGAAAUUAAAGUCAUGUUUGUUUAUGAUGA